AUGAAUAAAUUAACCAAAUUUGGAAAAAGUUCAAAUGUAGAUGUUUAUACAGUUGUUCGUGUAUUAGACAAUAUCGAAUAUGGGGUAGUUAAUUUAAAAAAAUCGAAUAAUGAAAAAAUGAAAAUUAUUAUCCGUGGAAUCAAAGGUAAAAGUGUUGGAAAAACACAUAUUGAAUUAUUAUCGGUAAUGUUGGGUAGACUAUACGGAACUAGAUGGGGACACAAGAUAAUUAUUGUACAUGAAGAUUCAGCUGUUAUAAACAUCAAAGAAAAGAUUAAGAAAUUUGUAGUUUUUAUUCCUGUAUCACAAAUAGUAUUUUAUCUUCGAGCUUUGAGAAGGAAUUAUAUUUUAUAA